AUGACUCAACAGAGUCUCUGCUUCCGCUUCUUCUAUCUAACACCUGCAGUUGGUGUUUGGUUCUCACCGCAGCAAUGGCAGCUACUACCAUUUCCCCACCCACGAACCAUCAAAUGCAGAGCCCACUGUUUGGAUUAUUGCCGGGAGAGAUCAGAAAUGAGAUCUUCGCGCUCGCUCUCAUGCCAUACGAAGAUGAGGCAGCGACAUAUCCGAAGGACUCUUACUGGUACCGACCGGGCUUCUCGGCGCCAAGGAAGAGUAACAGUGUGCUCCUGCGAACCUGCAAAGCGGCGUAUACAGAGGGUCAGAAGGUCUUUUUGAGGGAUCUGGAAUGGGCUUUCUGGUUUGAUCGUGGUCCAGACGGCCGCUCAGGCAACAGGGAAUGCGCGCGCUUCUUCAGGGAACUUACCCCGCAGGCUGUCGAAGCAUUACAGAAAGUUCGAUUCUUCACGCAGAUGUACUGGCUCGAGGGCGGUAGUAAUCUGCUUAGUCUUUUCCGCAACCCGCAAUUCCGCCCAACACAGCUCACUAUCACGAUCCGUUAUUCAGACUGGUGGUGGUGGGAGGACGAUGCGCCUCUGACGAUGGAAGAGGGAUGGCUGCGAACUUUCAAUGGCACUCCAGGGCUGCGUGAAUUGCGGGUUGAAUAUGAGACGCGGGUUCCGAAGAAAGCCGAAAUGAUGCGGAUUGUGGAAAGGAACAAGAAGUGGAAGCUGCCGGUGCGGCGCGCAGGAGGUGAACUAAACGAUUGGGAGGGCUACUUGAGUGCCGAAACUACCAAGCUGAAAGAGUGGACAUGGAAGGGAACUAGCAAAUUGGGUGGACGGGAAUGGGGGCACCUUGCCAAGAGCGACACCGUCGAGUACGUAGUCGUCACGGACACAUGGAUUUUUGUCGAACAGUCGGUCACCCCAGAAGAUUUGGGCAGGGAAGCCACCAGUUCUCAGUAUCGAGAACUCGGUGAGGAUGAACAAGACGACCUGCACUAUGUAUAUGGAGACUACGAUGACUUUGAUGGCUUCGGGGUUAAUGUUGAUUAUGACGGAACGGAUGAAGAGGACGAGGAAGGGACGAGCGAGUACGAAGAUGAGGACGCUGAAGGAGAUGACAGCGAACCAGAAAAUUUGGACGGGUCACCAGCAAGAGAGAGAGCUUCGGAGGGUUGAUGGACAGGCAAUUUGACUCGAGCUAUCAC